AUGUCGACUCAGGCCAACUGGACCUCGUUGACAGGAAUCCUCACCUUCCUCUUCGAAGGGAGUUUGAGCGCCAUUGCCGUUGCAAUCCUCAUCACCUUUGGCGUUCCUGUCCUUCUUCACAUCGUCUUCUUCCGCUCGGUGGCGUCACCGCCAUCCAGUAACUUCCUCCUACUUGGACCGAGUGGUGCGGGCAAGACUGCCUUUACGACUUUGCUCGAAGCAAAAUCAACGCCCGCCUCCAAAAAGUCCCAAACAACCCACACAUCCCAAACCUCAACCCUGAUAUCCGUCACCCUCCCACCAUCCGUACCCACAGGGAGCAACCGCUACAGAUCCAUAAACGACCCCAGUCUAAAAGAAGCAACCCGCAACCCAGUCCGAUACCGGUUGAAGGACACGCCCGGUCAUGGCAAACUACGCCAAACCCAAGGCAUCGCCGAACUAGUCUCGAUGUCAACCAGCAAGGAUCUCAAGACCAAGAUUCGCGGACUGUUAUUCAUGGUCGAUACCGCUGCUCUAGUCGACGAAGCCACCCUUCGCGAUACAGCGAGUUAUCUGCACGAUGUAUUGCUAGUGCUCCAGCAACGUGCGCUGGGUAAGGGGAAAUCUUCUACGAAGCGGGAUGCGGAAAUUCCGGUUCUUAUUGCGGGGAAUAAGCAGGAUUUGUUUACGGCUUUGCCGGCUGGGUCUGUGAGGGAGAAACUUGAAGGGGAGAUUGAGAGGAUUCGGAAGUCGAAGAGUACGGGGUUGAUGGAUGCUGGUGGUGGUGGUGGUGAGGAGGAGGAAGAGGAGGUGCUUGGUGAUGAUGAUGGGAAGGGGGUUUUUAGUUUUAAGUUGCUUGAGCAGGUUGGGAUUAAGGUUGAUGUUGUUGGUGGUGCGGUUAAGGGGGAUGCUGAGGAGGAAAUUGGGUCUGGUGUUAGGAGGUGGGAGGAGUGGAUUGGGAUGUGUCUGUGA